UUUUCAGUUCGUUCAUGAUUCACUCUUUGGACAUGAAGAUAGGCGAGUGUGGGGAGAACUUGGUGAUCUUCAACCCAGUUGUGAACUACUCUCAGAGUGUGUGUGACCGAGUGGAUAUGUACAUCGAGUCUCCUUGGAAACACCUGAUGAGUGCGGGUGUGGUGCCAGACUACACGAAGAUGUCAUGUUCCAGUGGCAGUGCCGCCAGUAUGGACAUGGACAUGUAUCAUGGGUGGAGGGAGAGUAUGCCUCUGCUGUAUAAAUCGUCGUGUGGGGAUGUGAAUGCAGUUAGGGAUUUAUUGAGAGGAGCUGUAAAUGUAAACAAGCAAGACUGGAACUCAUGGACAGCUCUGCACUAUGCCAGCUGGCAGGGUCAUGACGAAGUUGUGAAGCUGCUGCUGAGCCAGAGUGACAUCCAGCCGAAUGCAGCCACUGAUCUCGGUUAUACGCCCUUACAUUUCGCAUGUGGCAGGGGCCAUCAUAUGGUUGUGAAAACCCUCCUAGAAAUCGGUGACAUCGAUCACAAGGCCAGAGACAAAAGUCAAAGGUCGCCUCUUGACCUCUGCAAAUCCAGUCAAAGCUUCGCUGGGCCAACGGGUGAAAGUCUAAAUCUAUGUCAGCGGUACCUGAAGGCACAUGCGGAAAGGGAUCCGAUGACAUUGUCUGUUUUGAUGCCAGACGGAAGUGAGAAGUGUGUCGUUUUGGAGUCUGGAAGUAACACGACAGCUGGACAUAUUCUGACACAGCUGAACCUGACAUCCCAGACUUCGCUGAUGUUUGCUCUGAGUGUGACGUCAGAUGCUUUGACCAUUCAACUGAGGCCAGAAAUCAAACCGCUUCACGUUCUGAAGAACUGGAGCAAGAUGGUCGGGAGCAAUGCAAGUGAAAACCAAGUCAUCUCUCCCCUAACAAAUGGCCCCCUGUUGGCGCUGACCAGAGACAUCAGAGUAGUUGCAGAGAUGGACGCGGUCCAGACUGAACCCCAGUGCGUCUCCUUCCUCUUCCAUCAAGCCAGGACUCAUUACCUCAGCAGGUGUUGUGUAGUGAGCGAGGCCACAGCAGUCCAACUGUCCACCAUUCUAGCCCUCAUUUAUGACGUCAAGCCCCAGCAGAUACACUGCGAGAGUCCCGAUCUUGUUAAAAUAAUUUCGCAUCGGAAAACGAGCUGCAGAAAAUUCGUAAAGAAGGUCAAAGCGAAUGUGAAACAAAACUUAGAGGAAAUACGAGAUGCCUCGCACCGCCAUUUAUUACAAGAAAAAUUCAGAACGAUAGCUCGAAAAUCGAUCACUUAUGGCAGCUCAUUUUUCCACGGAGUCACCGCCAAAGGAUUCAACUCUCUUAUAGCUGUGAACGCCAAUGGUCUGCACGUUAUUACAAAACCCAACUCACCUCAAUCUGAAUUAAGAUUCAGUUAUCCUUUUGAGCUGUUUAAUAUUGAAUUGAAUAAAGAAAAAUCUGCCAGUUUCGCCAACAGUAAUAGUAGUAGUGACUCAAUACAACAUUCGUUCACAGUUUCGGCCGUACAAGGAGCCAAGAACCCCUUCGCGCCUCUGUCCAUAACAUCUCUUCACGCGAAACUGAUUGUUUCAUUGGUCAACACAUUAGCCAAUAGGAGGUCAGGGAAGGAAGGUGAAAGAGCAAGGAAGCUGUCUCCCCUAUCUGUGCGGACUGAUGGACCCAUGAGUGAAGUUGCCGCUACCAGUCCGGACUUAAAUGUCAGAAUGUUCUAAACUUGAGUGGUUUAUUGUUGCGUUGCGGUGCUGUUUGCUAAUAGUUUUUGCUUGUUUACAAAAGACGAGCAGUAUAGUAGGAAUGAACUGUGAAUUCGACUUAUACGCAUAUAUCAAUGCACCAAAUUUUAU